CAAACAUGGCUUCCGAAGCAGAGGCGGGCGCCGCAGCUGUUGUUGAGGGAGACUCAGCGGAAAGAGAUGCUUCAUCAGGAGACUUAACAGCAAGCAUGGAGUCUGAGUCCUCCAGUGGAAAAGAGCCUGUGGUGGGUGAAGGCACUGAGGGUGCAGACCUGCACACGGGUUCAGGAGAUGAGGAGAACGGACGACAGCUGGGUGAAAUAGAGUUACAGUGCGCGCUGUGCAUGAAGUGGUUCACAGCGGACACGUUCGGCAUCGACACUGCAAACUGCCUUCCAUUCAUGACCAAUUAUGUGUUCCACUGCAACGUGUGUCAUCACAGCGGAAAUACCUACUUCUUGAGAAAGCAAGCGAACCUGAAGGAGAUGUGCCUCACAGCCUUGGCUAACCUGACAUGGAGGUCACGGACUCGGGAAGAGCAUCCGAAGACCAUGUUUUCCAAAGAUAAGGAUAUUAUUCCCUUCAUUGAUAAGUACUGGGAGUGUAUGACAACUCGUCAGAGACCAGGAAAGCUGACAUGGCCGAAUAAUAUAGUAAAGACCAUGAGUAAAGAGCGUGAUGUGUUCCUUGUGAAGGAACAUCCGGACCCUGGCAGUAAAGAUCCUGAAGAAGACUAUCCCAAGUUUGGCCUGCUUGAUCAGGACUUGGCCAACAUCGGACCAUCGUACGACAACCAAAAGCAAACCACCGCUGUCACGACGGGUGGCAGUCUAAAUGGUGGAUCGUCAUUUUCAGGUGGCCUUCCUCCACCCGGUACGGGCAAAGGCAGAGGCGCCAAACGCAAGCAGCAACAGCAGCAGGAUGGAGCCACUGCAGGAACGGCUAAGAGGACACGCAGUGACCCUCUGUUUGCAGCACAGCGCCUGCCUCCUCACGGCUAUCCUCUUGAGCACCCGUUUAACAAAGACGGCUAUCGCUACAUCCUGGCCGAGCCAGACCCACACGCACCCGACCCAGAGAAGCUGGAGCUGGACUGCUGGGCGGGAAAGCCCAUCCCCGGAGACCUGUACCGAGCGUGUCUCUAUGAGAGAGUGCUGCUCGCCCUGCACGAUCGAGCUCCCCAGCUAAAGAUCUCCGAUGAUCGCCUGACUGUGACUGGAGAAAAAGGGUACUCAAUGGUGCGAGCGUCUCAUGGGGUACGAAAGGGGGCCUGGUACUUUGAGGUGACCGUAGAUGAGAUGCCCACCGACACUGCUGCCCGCCUCGGCUGGUCCCAACCUUUAGGCAAUCUUCAGGCUCCGCUGGGCUACGAUAAGUUCAGCUAUUCGUGGCGCAGUAAAAAGGGCACACGCUUCCAUCAGUCCAUCGGGAAACAUUAUUCCGAUGGUUAUGGACAGGGAGACGUCCUGGGCUUCUUCAUCGAGCUACCAGACAAUACCGAGACUGCAAGGACACUCCCAGACACGUACAAAGACAAAGCACUGAUUAAAUUUAAAAGCUACCUCUACUUUGAGGAGAAGGAUUACGUGGACAAGGCGGAGAAGAGCUUAAAGGCAAUAAAUAAAAGUCGAAUGAUUUUUUACAAGAACGGCGUGAAUCAGGGGAUGGCUUUUGAGAACCUGUUUGAGGGCAUGUAUUUCCCUGCAAUAUCGCUCUACAAAAAUUGUCAGGUAUCAGUUAAUUUUGGACCACAGUUCAAACAUCCGCCAAAAGAUGUCAAGUUCCAGCCUAUGAGUGAUAUGGGCUGGGGUGCAGUGAUCGAACAUUCUCUCGCAGACAUCCUUUACCACGUGGAGACGGAGGUUGACGGCCGGCGCAGCCCUCCAUGGGAAGGUUAACUGCUGCUUUCUUGAGCCACACGCGUUAAAGCAAGCGCUUUUUAAAACACGAUGUCUGUGUACUGGAUCUGUAGCAUGUGGGCGAUUUUACUACGGGCAAUUCUGACAUGUUUUCUCGUACUAAGAAAAGAACGGAAACGAGUUAUUAAAAUACGCAACUUUUAUAAUGCAACUUGCAGAGUUAAGGAAAUAAUCAACUUUGUAAUCAAUACUGCAGUGAUGCAGUAAAGCGCAAUUCCAGUUACUGGUGCUUUUUCUGUUAUCCAUAAUAAACACAAGUGCUUUUCUUUUGAUGAGUCCUGUAGAGGGUGAGUUGUAUGAAUGUACAGCUUGUAUUACAAGCAACUUUAAAGAAAUAAGCAACGUAUUCUACGUAAAUAUUAUUUUAUUGACACCCCCCCCCCCCCCCCAUUACAAUUUUUGAAGUUAAUAGGUUUUGUUACUUUUCUUAGUACAAUGAAACAUGUCACUUCCUGUCCAUUGUUAUUGCACGUGCAUUACAGAUGCAUUAGAUAGAAAUUUGGUUGGAAAAAAAAAAAAUACCCCGCUAGAACAUUCCUUUAAUGUCAAGCCCAACAUCUUACCAGUGGAGUUAAUACGAUUCUAAACACCCAAAUCACAACUUUACAUCGCGUCUUUUCCAUUUUCACUCGAUUGUGGAUCGAGAAAUUUAAGGCUCAGAGAAAUUUCUAGCGAUCGAGGCAUAUUUGGUCAUUUAUUACGUUGGUAAACCGUGAUACUGAAUCUGUAUUGUUGAUUGUCGAGCCUGUGUGAGUUAGAAUACUGCUUAUGUGUAUUAUUCAGUGUGUAUUAUCAAACAUGAGGAGAAAUUGUAUAACAUCAAUAUUGAGAGUUGCAGUAAACUACAGAAUGUUUUCUGUGCCAUUGUUUUUUUACUCAUCGUACAUAAAACUGUGAUAUGGAUGGCGUCCAGUUGGCUUUAUACGUGUCGAACACCAACACAGUCUCUGUUACAUAUCUGACACCAGAAGUAACAUGCCAUACAUUUAGUCCUGGUCUUUUCUUUGAAACCUUCCUUAACAUUUGUUCACCUAGGUGUAAAAUAUGAUUUAUUUUUAUUGAUGUUUCCAUAUCCCUAAACCUUGUUUUAUACUGAAGCUUGUUUUAAUAAAGUUAAAUAUUCUAAAAGUC